AUGAAGCCCAUCCCGGUUCCAGAUUUGUAUAAUGUGGGGCGUGAGGGCAGAGAUACCUGCUUUCAUAUAUUGCACCUAGAGUGGAAUAAUGAAGGCAACAUCCCGGGAACGCUGCUCGAGGGACACAAAACACGAGAGCGCCCGCCGGCAACACGACCAGGAAAGAAGCGUAGGCGACGAGCGCAAGGCUCUACUACUGCCAACGCUGGUGGUGACGACAACAGCGGUGGAGAUGGCGGAGACAGCGGAAUUGGUGAGAGCAAUGCUGGAAGUGAAGGCGACGUCGCCGAAAGCGAGGCUGGCAGCGUCACUGGUGGUCCAGGUGAUCAGAGGUGCAUGGAGGUGUAA